AGUGGAAAGGCUCACAUGGGCUGAUGAUAUGUCCGAUCAAUUCAGCGUCCAUGGGCCAAAGCCCCGUGAUCAGCCAGCGGUGGUCAGAUUGGAUCAUUGCUAAUCUUUGCUGGUCUCAUCGUAGCAUUGGUUUUCCUCUUCCAACAUGAGAUGUAUGAGCCUCUGUUGCUUAGCUGGAAGGCUUCACAAUUCCGCGAAAUCACAAAAGCCAGUCAAUUCAAGGCUGAAGCUGAAGCUGCAGAGCAUGCGUCCUUAUGGGUACUACCCACUUGGAUUGGCCGGUUCACUGUACCUACACAGAAUCGAUCAUUAUGAUCUUUUCCCUCUAUCUAAUCAUCAUCUAUAUUGUGCUGUCCAC